GCUGGCGGGGAGUCAGCAGUUUGUGUUUACAGCGAGAUCCUGUUCCACACCGCUCGCUGACUUGUGAGUGUGGGUGGAGGGUAAGGUUAGACAAGGAAAGCGCGCAUGAUCGGAUGAAAUGUUUGCCUUGGCUGGAGGGAGGUGAGCAAGAGGGAGAAGUUGCGAGGUCGGCCGCCGAGGGAGCGAGGAGCCGUGUCGGGGUCAGAAGAUGGCGUUGACAGUCACAUCCACCACAUUAGGAACAACCUCUGCACCCGCAAUCCGCGGAGGGUCGAGCGUCACGGUGUUCAACAGCACCGAUUGCUUCAAUCCACUGGGAAAACCAGUGGUGGUGCAGAGGAACAGCUUCGGGGGCAUUCCCACUGUACUCCUCAUUUACUUCAUCAUAUUCUGGUUGAUUAUUGUAAUAUUUGCUGUAUUGAGGAAGACAGCCUGGGACUAUGGACGCCUUGCCCUGGUCUCCGACAACGCCAGUGAGAACGUGGACUCUGCCAGCACGGUCAAACGGUUUUCCUCACUCACCGUCACCAAUGAACGCCUCUUAAAAGAUGUUGGCUGUUGCUCGUGGAUAUUGAACAUCUUCACUCUGAAGGACAGUGAGCUGCAGGAGCAGUGUGGUGACGACGCCAUGUACUACCUUUCCUUCCAGCGCCACCUCAUCUUAAUCCUGGUAGCCAUGAGCGUCAUGUCCAUCGGCAUCAUCCUUCCGGUCAACCUGUCCGGCAGUUUGCUGGACAAUGACCCUGAAAGCUUCGGGAGAACAACCAUCGGAAACAUAAAAUUUAAUAAUGACAUUCUCUGGGUUCACACCAUUUUUGCUGUCAUCUACCUCCUGCUCACUAUUCUUGUCUUGAGGCAUCACACCUCCUCCAUGGAGUACAGAGAGGAUGAUGUGGUCAACUGCACUUUAUUUAUAACGAGGAUACCCAAGGAGGCCACAGAGGAGAUGAUAGCCAGGCACUUCAGGGAUGCCUAUCCGAUGUGCACGGUUCUGGAGGUUCAGCUGUGCUACGAUGUGAAAGGACUGAUGGAUCUGGACGCCAGGAGGAUUAAGGUAGGCCGCAGCCGGGUGUACUACAGCAGGAUGCUGCAGAACCAAGGCAAGAGCGUCUCCAUCAACCCCAAGCCCUGUGGACAUUUCUGCUGCUGCAGCUUCCCAGGAUGUGAACAGAUAGACGCAGUGGAGUAUUACACAAAACUGGAGAGAGAAUUACAUGAUGAAUUCAUCCAGGAGAGAGAUGAGGUGGGAAGAAAACCGCUCGGACUGGCCUUUGUCACCUUCCAGGAUGAAACCAUGGCAACGCUAGUCCUGACAGACUUCAACAACUUCCGGUGUCAUGGCUGCAGCUGUUGGGCAGAGAGCCAGCCGUCGCUUUACAGUAAAACCCUCGCAGUUUCCAAGUGGAAUGUCACCUACGCACCAGCUCCCCAGAACAUCUACUGGGAAAACCUCUCUGUCCAGGGCAGUUACUGGUGGGUCCGUUACUUCCUCAUCAACUUCCUGGUCUUCAUCUUGCUCUUCUUUCUCACCACUCCAUCCAUUAUGCUCUCUACCAUUGACCAGUUCAACAUCACCCGGCCCAUCUAUUACCUCAAUGAUCCUGUCAUCAACAAGUUUCUCCCCACCCUGCUGCUCUGGUCCUUCUCGGCUCUGCUGCCCACCAUCGUCUAUUACUCCUCUGUUUUUGUGGGCCACUGGACAAGGUCUGCUGAAAACCGGCUCACUAUGCACAAACUCUACAGCUUCCUCAUUAUCAUGGUGCUGAUAUUGCCAUCACUGGGUCUAACAAGCCUAGACGUCUUCUUCCGCUGGCUAUUUGACAAACAUUUUCUGGAGAAAGGCAAGAUCAGAUUUGAGUGCGUAUUCCUCCCUGAUAACGGUGCCUUCUUUGUGAACUAUGUCAUCGCCGCAGCCUUCAUUGGGAACUCAAUGGAACUCCUGCGCCUGCCCGGGCUCCUGCUCUACACCUUCAGGAUGCUGAUGGCCAAAUCAGCGGCUGACAGGAAAGUUGUCAAACAGCAUCAGGCGUAUCCGUUUGAGUUUGGACUGAAUUACGCGUGGAUACUGUGCAUCUUCACGGUGGUGACUGCAUACAGCAUUACCUGCCCUAUCAUCGUUCCUUUUGGACUGAUCUACAUAAUGCUGCGGUAUCUGGUGGACAAGUACAACCUCUACUAUACAUACCUGCCUGCCAAGCUGAGCCAGAGACUGCACACCGCUGUGGUGAAACAGGCUGCUGCGGCCCCCAUCAUCUGCCUCUUCUGGCUUUUUUUCUUCUCCAUUCUCCGAGGUGGACUGUCUGCACCAACGUCUAUCUUCACCUUCACCGUGGUGAUCCUCACCAUUGUUAUCUGCAUCGUUCUGAGCUGCACAGACUAUCUUAAGUACUUCGCCAUUAACGUGAUGGCAAUGAAGCUGCUGACUGAGGAGACGGAAACAGAAGGAACUGCAUAUGCCUGGCAAUCUCGAGCCUACAUCCCAAAAGUCCUGCGAGCAACCGAGACAGAGCAGAGCCACCUCAACUCAGAAAUCUAUCCAACAUAUGGUACUAUUGGAGAUGGCAGUCAGGAAGAGGCCCACUCCCCAUCUCCAGAUGAUGUUACUCCUCUGGACAAUGUUGAUAAUGAUCAAAUAUAUCUAGUAGAUAGUGGAAAUGGAGAGAGAUAAAAAACACAGCUGUUUUGAAAAUGAACUAAAUCCAACUUCAACUGCCCACCUACAAUACUGUUCUGUUGGUUGUGGCACAAGAGGUACUGAUGUAUUAGACUGCUCAUUUACUUGAACAACGAUACCACAAGCAUCCAGUGCCAAUGGAGAUUUUGUUGCUAUGGUUUUCUCAACAUACACAUAAUUUCCAUGUUAUUUAAAAAGGUAAUUCAACUCUUACUUCAUGGCUGCCCUGAGGAUUAGCAUUAAUGACUGUUAACGUAUGCAGUUAAUCCAUUUGGGAAGGAUCCUUAAGGUUUCAGAAUUUUGCACAUUUUCCUAUUUUUGUGCAGUGUAUGGGAGUCGAGGAUGGCAACCAAAUGCAUGGGCAAGUGGUGUCUCUCUCAGUUUGCAGAGAGGAGUUAAAAUUGUAUUGUUAAGGCGGGAUUGUGAUGCAGCCCUGGUGUGUUCCUCUUAAUGUAAAACCCCAAAUAUGUUCAAUUUUGGGCACUAACUUUGGAAAUAAAGGAGCAUAAUCCUGGGGAACCUGUGGUAGAAAACAAGUGCUGCUUGAGUUCAUUUCGUGCUGAGUGCAAGGGAGAGGGGAAAUCCAACAAUAACAUAACAAUUUUGUCACUGAUCAUGAGUGGUUAACAUAAAGGUUGGACUGUUUAAUUCUUGUCUUCCAAAGGAGUAAUAAAAAAUGUGAGUAAAUUUAAUUCUGA